GGCCCUCCACAUCUCUCGCACCCUUCUCUCUCUCCUCGCCCCGGUCGACUGCCGAUAUCGCCGGCCUCGAUCCCUUCUGCAUUCACAAGCCGCGCGCGCGCGUGGGAUCAUCGACCAGCAGCUUCUUCCCCUCGUCGCCAUUAAAUUCCUCCUCCCGGCCGACCCCGCCACCACCGUCUGCGCGCCGGCCGGCGGUCCGCCACUCUGUCCCGUCCGAUUUCACGUCGCAGAAGCAAGAGAGACAAGCGUCGCAUGCAAUCCAAUUGCCUUGCUCUGGACGCCGCGCCAAGGAAGAAGACGACCCGUUGGGCUUGCGACCCAGACACGGCGGUGGCGAUCGGUGUGAUCUCAGCUCUCACUCUUCUUGUCGUCGUCCUCGCGAUGGGGAGGGUGAAGCUGAAGAUCAAGAGGCUGGAAAACAACAGCGGGAGACAGGUGACGUACUCCAAGCGGCGAUCGGGCAUCCUCAAGAAGGCUAAGGAGCUCUCCAUCCUAUGUGACAUCGACCUAAUGCUUAUAAUGUUCUCGCCCACGGACAAACCCACCAUAUGCAUUGGCGAUAGAAGUACCCUCGAGGAAGUUGUAGCGAAAUAUACACAGUUAACCCCUCAGGAGAGAGCUAAAAGGAAACUGGAGAGCUUAGAGGCUCUAAAGAAGACUUUCAAGAAACUAGACCACGAUGUAAAUAUUCAAGACUUUCUAGGCUCGCGGGUUCAGACAGUCGAGGAGCUAUCAGCAGAGCUUGUCUCGUUGCAGGGUCAGGUGGCGGAGCUUCAAAAGCGUGUCAGUGAUUGGAGCGAUCCUGAGAAAGUUGACAAUAUCGACAAUAUAAGAGCAAUGGAGCAAUCUCUCAAAGAAACUAUUAAUCAUAUCCAAAUCCAUAAGGGGAACUUCGGAAAGCAACAUCUAAUCGGGCUACAGUAUGCUGCUACCCAGUUCCAGACCGACAUGCAGUUGCCUCUAGGACUGCCCGGCGAGUCAGGCCCUUCGUCGUGGUUCCAAAACGGCGGCGCUGAUGGGCAACAAGCCAUGAUGCUAACGGACGAGUCCGGCCUGCUCCAUCAGAGAGACAUUGCGCAGGGCUAUCCAAGCUACUUCAGCACGGUCAAGCAGGAUCCCGACACCGGUGGUAGCAGCAGUGAUCACGGGCAGGUGGUGCUUCACCAUCCGCAGCCGCCCGACUUCAGCCAGACCGAGUGCCUGACGUCGCUGCACCUGCCGUCGCAGCAGUUCCCGUACCCACCCUUCGACCACCACGGCCUUUACAGCGACCGAAUUUUCAGGCCAGACGCAGUUGAGCUGCACGCCGGCGGCGUCGCCAGUAUGGACUUUCUCAGCGGUCAGUACGACUUGCCGAGGCCUGGCGAUGAUGCCAGCUUCCAUAACUGGGCGUCAGCUGCAGCAUGUAGUGCAACCAUGUUCGACCAGCAACAGCAACAGCAGCAUCAGCAUCACCAGCAACCACAAUCUUCACCUGCACAACUUCCUGCAGCAACAACUCUAGCAACUGCCUCGUUCGAUCACGCCGUUUAUCACAGUUCAUCUCAGCACCAACAAGUCAUGAUCGGUUGAUCCUAUAUAUGGUAAAAAAAUCGGAGAUAAUAUUGCCCUCCAAAAGGUGCUACCCUAAACUAAUCAUCAAUGCAAAAUGUGUAUAGGCAACACUGUCGAUGUAAAAUAUAUAUUUAUUGUAGCUAAUUCUUUCUUGUAAGUAUCUAUCUGUCUCCUGUAUACUACUGGUAUAGCUUUCAUAAAAGGAUUGGGCACUUAACUAUUAGUUCAUAGGCAUUCAUCUUUGCAUGAAUGAAUAUAUUUGAAAUUUUGGCCACCAUGCAUGGCCUUUCCUUUAUUGUACUGGUUCACUUGAAUCUCUCUUUUUAAUAUAAUGAUGAUAUGCAGUUCUCCUGCA